AUGGUCUUGCAGCCACCAGAGGCAAGGGAUGGCCGGGUGAAGGCAAAGGUUACAGCAACCCAUUCCAACUGCGUCAUUAAAAAGGAGCAAGAGACUUGUCUGGAGAAGAUACAAAGGGCAGCUGCCCUGAACCCUUUCAAUGACUCUUCCCCAGGUUGUCCAGGAAUGUGGGACAAUAUUACAUGCUGGAAACCUGCAAGUGUGGGUGAAAUUGUCUUUGUCAAGUGUCCUGCACUGUUCAGAUUUAUCAUCUCUGAAGAUGGUUGGGAAGUAGAUAACUUGGGGCAAACCCAUGCAGGUGAUUAUGACCUGCUGGAAAGCACAGCCCAGUCUCCCCUAGGGGACAUCAGCAGAAAUUGCACUGAAGAUGGCUGGUCUGAACCUUUUCCUCAUUAUUAUGAUGCCUGCGGCUUUGAUGAAAAUGAAACAGAGUCCGAUAACCAGGAUUACUACUAUCUAUCUGUGAAGGCUCUGUACACGGUGGGAUACAGCACUUCUCUUGUUUCCCUUACCACCGCCAUGGUUAUCCUGUGUCGUUUCAGGAAGCUUCACUGCACUCGAAAUUUUAUCCACAUGAACCUCUUUGUUUCAUUCAUCCUGCGUGCAAUAUCUGUAUUCAUUAAAGAUGGGGUUCUUUAUGCUGAACAGGAUGGCAACCACUGUUCUAUCUCAACGGUGGAAUGCAAAGCAGUGAUGGUGUUUUUUCACUACUGUGUCAUGUCCAACUACUUCUGGCUUUUCAUUGAGGGAUUGUACCUUUUCACUUUAUUGGUAGAAACCUUUUUCCCAGAGAGAAGAUAUUUCUACUGGUACACUAUUAUCGGCUGGGGUACGCCAACAAUUUGUGUCACUGUCUGGGCAGUGCUGAGGCUUCACUUUGACGAUACCGGCUGCUGGGACAUGAAUGACAACACCGCCUUGUGGUGGGUGAUCAAGGGUCCUGUGGUUGGAUCAAUCAUGAUAAACUUUGUGCUUUUUAUUGGCAUAAUUGUGAUACUUGUGCAGAAACUCCAGUCACCUGAUAUCGGGGGCAAUGAAUCCAGCAUCUACUUCACCCUCCCUCUUCCUCCCAGAUGCAGCUGCAGUCCAUGCACAGGACACAUGCGCAGCUGCGUUCAGAAAUGCUACUGUAAGCCUAAGAGGGCUAACCAGCACUCUUGCAAGAUGUCAGAACUAUCAACCAUUACCCUGAGACUGGCUCGCUCUACACUACUGCUUAUCCCCUUGUUUGGAAUUCACUACACGGUGUUUGCUUUUUCUCCUGAAAAUGUCAGUAAGCGGGAGAGACUAGUGUUUGAAUUGGGACUGGGAUCUUUCCAGGGUUUUGUUGUUGCUGUUCUCUAUUGUUUCUUGAAUGGGGAGUUUCUCCCUAAAGGUGCAAUCAGAAAUAAAGAGAAAAUGGAGGAGCUGGAAAGUCAACCGGUAUUUUGCUGUGGAUUUCAAACAUCGUCAUCCUUCUCUAGCGAGCAGCGGAGUGAACGGGGGGACACAACUCUCCAUUCUGAGCAAGAGCAGCUCUCAGAUUCGGAUGUCCAGCAUAAAUGCAGAGAACCUAGCGACAUGAGCAGCUAA